CAACGACUUCUCUCACGGUUCACCAUGGCUCCUCUCAUAGUGUCGCAAUCUACAGACAAUGCGGAACUGCUGGCUUGCUCACAAGCAUUAGAUGCAGCAGCAUUGAGAGAACGAGAGCAGUUUACCUUGGUCGUUUCGAAGUCGAGAAGGAAGCGUGAUGGCAGCAACAAGCCGUCUGAUUCAUCAUCAGCGGUACACGGAGGAUCGAGACUAGUGAAUGACGCACAGCAGAUUGAGUCGGAUUCAAAGGAUGCACAGAGAGAUGGAGUACGACAAAGCAGAAGGAGGAAAAACGCACAGUCAUCGAAGUAUAAGGCGCGAGCACCGAGAACGGCUGAUGAUUAUGUUUCGUUGGUGCAUCAUCAGCUUGGAUUGCUGAAACGGCAAAAAAUUUUUCACCAAACAUUGCUUGGGUCUGAAAACGAACGCACGGUCGACAGUGUGCUUUUCCAAGCACUUGGUAACAAAGCAAGUGAAGUGUCACAUAUUCGCUGUCUGGCACUGGGAAGAAUAACAGAAAGCGAUUAUUCGGCGAUGCAACUCGCCUUGCUUCUGGCUAUCAAGGAAGCAUUCGGUCUGCGGAAUAUUACGACCACCAUCUCGUGCUACGAUCCGGACUUCACGCCACUGGAUAUCGAGACGUUGGAAAAGUUGGAGAUCUCGGUCGAGGUAGAUGAUCCUGGAGAGGAGGCUAAGCUGGUCGAUGAAUCCUAUGGGGCGGAAGGUAGUGAUAACGCAAAAGACAGCGAGGAUAUAUUGAGGGUGACAGGCAAACGAGAAGCGACGCUCUAUUACAUGCCGCAUGCUCCGAUCGGGCUAGUGGACAAAAUCAUGGGGUUACCGGGUGUGAGGUUUGUGCUGGGAAAUGACGUGCUAGGCUACAAAGAUCGUCUAUGGGGCAAAGUAGAGCUGAUGCAUCCAUCACUAAGGAAAGUCAUCUCUGAUUGCCUUGAUGUGACUAGCGAAACCGACGAAAGUCGAAGCAAUCAUGACCGAUGGGCUCGUGAGCGGCUUAACGACGGUCUCGCACGAGAUGAGAGCUGGUGGAUGAGCGUUAACGAUUUGGCAAUGCACUGGCGUGUAUGACUACGACUGUAUAUAAUAUGAUGGAAAGAUG